UCCACUUCUUCAUUGCCUGCUAACCUCAUUAUGCGGAUCUUGAGUUUAUUCGACUGCAAAAGUCAACUUUCCUUAUCUCAUUCCGGGUCAUUUUGUGCUGAGGUCUUCACAGCUGAUUAGAAACGUUGUGACAACGUGCUGGGCCCUGUGCGAUCGGCGAAUCCCGAUUUUAGCAAAGAUGGCAGUCAAGAUCAUAUCUGUUGACCAUUCUUUUUCCGGGCCUGAGGCUCUUCACGGCUCCAUUACAUAUAACUAGAUACCCUUUUCUUCCCCACCCUAGCAUCCGCCGUAACAUGUCCUGUGCUUGACAUCCUCAUUCUAUCCUUUCCUACCAUAAUGUCCGAGACUCGAAGACUUUUGGAGGCCGCUAAUGCCCUUUCUACCCUUCUCCGCGCCAGCGGUGUACCCCACGCGUUCCAUGGCAGCGUAUUGACGGCGUGCCUCGCAAAUCAGCCUCACAGCGAUGAGAUUUUCUGCAUUGUAGAAGGCGGCCAGACUCAGGCGCACCCGUUUCGUCGUGUCCGCGACGCGGUCGUCACAAGUGAACAUUUCACCCUUGUCCAGUCACCAUGGACAAACAGACUCCAUGUCACCUAUCGUCGACUAAUCCCCGCGAUAGAAAUCGAAAUCCUCCCAGCAGGCGAAACGGGGCCUCGUCGUCUAGAUGGUAGCACAGUCAUGAAGAUACACGGUGUGCCCUUCUUGACUAUUUCCGAAUUCGUGCGAGCAAAGCUGAAGAGCUGGAUGAUCAGCCGACAGGACCGCGACGCUCGUGAUAUCACGUUUGUGAUGCCUCGUUACUGGAACCGUGUGGACGUCAACCGAAUACCUGAAACUGACAUGGACCAGUUUGUGCAACGUAACGCAGAUGCCAAGCCCGCUUGGACAGCCAUCAAGAAGAAAUACAGGAUGUAAUUUAUCGUCUAGUCGCGACCGGAGCUGAGCGCUAAGUCCUGCCCACAUGGAUAUUUUGUUUUCAAAAAAAUGAUGGGCGACGCGCCCGUAUUGUAGCGUCACGGAAACCUGCAGGACGAGGAAUACGAUUAACGUUUGUAUGAUUAUCACAGAAAUAAAUUGAAUUACUGUAUUAUAUCAUGGACCCACAAGG